AUGUCAUCCAGCCAGACUAGGGGCGUCCCCCUCUUCAACCUACCCGACGACGUCGGCUACCGACUCAUCGAGCUCCCUCCCGAGCUUCAAACCCUCCUUGAAAGCGACCAGGCCCCCGUUCUGACCCUCGAAUCCUCCCCAUCCUCAGCCCUGUUGAGAACCGCCGACAAGACCUACGCAUUGCGCCAAAAGAACACAUCCAAUGCCCUCAUCAUCCUGAAGCCGCACACCCCCGAUCCAUCCAACCCCGAAGAGGGCAUGGCGCUCAUCUCCACCAUAAAAGAGACGGUUGAUCUUGAGGCUGUGAAAGACCCCGCGGCGGUAUCGGAACCCCCAGGGCCUGCGAAGAACACUGGCAGCAAAGGCAAAUGGCACGAGCGCUUUGGGAGAAAUAGGUAG